CUCAUAGUUCGCGUAUUCGCGCAAACCAGAACGGCACGGACGCAGCACCGUCUAUCCAUAACGGCAUAGUGAAGCGAACUGGUCACAUCGUAGCUUUUCGCCGGGUUGUUUGCUAGCGGUUUUUCUCGUAGAUUUCGGAUCUAGCCGUCCCUAGCUGUGACAAAAUCCUGAUGUGUGUGAUUUUUGUGGUUUGAUGUUCUCAACACUGAUUAAGUAGCUUGAAGUGCAUUUGUGUUUAAGACAUUUGCUCAGUAGGGAAAUUCUGUGUUUAAUUUUUUGUCUUUAUCUGUAUAGAUCUGAAAGGGCAUCAAACCGCGCUGUUUUCCCUUUCAGUUCAGUUGUUCUACAGUUGCCCAUAAUUCCUGCCAAUUUCUGUGUCUCAUUUUCAACCAUAAUUGGCACGUGCUGCUCGAGUAAUAGGCUUUCAGAAUAUUUAAAAUGAUGCUAAAGCUGCUACUAUUUAUACUCGGAUCAUCAUUUCUAGGGAUAACCAGCAAGGUAUCAUGCUAUUCCGUGAAGGUAGGCCACAUUCAGCAGCACAACACACUGGAAAAUGGACUGCUGAUUGCCGCAAAUAUUUCGAUCGGUCACCUGCGCAAACACAAGUUCGUCUACUAUCUGCCAAGCAGAGUCAACGGUGCAUCUUCCGACGGCAAGCAGCAGCAGCACAACUCGUCCUCCUUUCUCAAACACGACUACACAAACAACACCAACAAAGCUAACUUCGAACUACGGGGAGAUCUUCUACCAACAAAACCUCGCCGAAUACGCCACAUUCCAAUUUCAACGGACCGAUCAACUUCGAUCGACGAGCGACCACCGCUGCAACAACAUCAACCAGAACAACCAGAGCUCCAGAAGAAAUAUCAACGCUAUUACAUCUAUAGUAGUGCUCCUCGCGAGCGUGCUGCAGGAACAGAACAGGAUGCGGAUCGAUUUAUGGCCAGCAAAUAUGAUCUUUUUAGAUCGCGAUCGGGAGCUAAUGGGCUACCGACUAGAUCAUUGAAUAUCUCGAAUCAAGAAUACGAGUACGAAUCUUAUCGAAAAGUGAAAAAACGCAGCGCCGCAGAUGACAUGCUAAGUAAAAACAUUACGAUGAUUUUGGAAAAUCUACUCAAGAGUUAUGAGAACUCCCAGAUGCCCACACAUGGACAAGGCAUUCCUACGGUUGUCAAGACAAAUAUACUGAUUCGUAGCAUGGGACCAAUGUCGGAACUAGAAAUGGACUACUCUAUGGAUUGCUACUUCCGUCAAUACUGGCGUGAUAAACGGCUUAGCUUCCACGGUCCAAUCAAGAGCCUAUCGUUGAGCAUUAAAAUGCUCGAACGAAUCUGGCGACCGGAUACGUAUUUCUACAAUGGGAAACAUUCGCACAUCCACACCAUCACGGUUCCGAACAAACUGCUCCGGUUGAGUCAAGACGGUGAAAUUCUGUACUCAAUGCGCCUGACGAUUAAAGCCUCCUGUUUGAUGCAAUUGCGAAGCUUUCCAAUGGACCGUCAGUCGUGUCCGCUGGUAUUGGGAAGUUACGCCUACUCCCGGCAGCAGCUAAUCUACGAGUGGCAAAAUGACGAAUCGGUCAACUUCGUGCCCGGAAUGACCCUCAGUCAGUUCGAUCUGAUGAGUUUCCAUCAGAAAAAUUACACCUUCGCUAGACGGGAAGGCGAAUUCUCGGUACUUCAUGUUUCGUUCAAUCUCCAACGACACACCGGGUAUUUCUUGAUUCAGGUUUAUGUGCCCUGCAUACUCAUCGUGGUGCUGUCCUGGGUAUCAUUCUGGAUCCAUCGGGAGGCAACCAGCGAUCGGGUCGGGUUGGGAAUCACUACGGUGCUGACACUGUCGACGAUUAGUUUGGACUCACGAACGGAUCUGCCGAAGGUUCGCUACGCGACGGCCCUGGAUUGGUUUUUGCUGAUGAGUUUUUUCUACUGUAUCGCGACACUGCUGGAGUUUGCCGGAGUGCACUAUUUUACCAAGGUCGGCAGUGGGGAGAUUCCACUAGACGAGGAUGAAUGGGAGGAUAUAGACAACGUGGUGGAGAUUGGACUCAGCGUCAUUUGCAGUGGAAUGCGUUCGCGAACCGCGUCCAUCAAUGAUUCACCGCAACGUUUGAUGCCACCACGGAGACGCAAUUCGCUUAUCUGUCCCAUCUACAAUGAUCCCCAUCACAUGUUCAAACCGACGACCUCACAUCUCUCGACGAUGGAACGGACUACCCAGACGGAACCACCGAAGGAACCCCGUUGGAAGCAGCUUUGGCUUUGCUUUCUGGGCGAUGAUCAAUUCCGACGGCGGAGACAACGCGAGGCAACUGGUCGGGCUGGAGCCAAUCGACAUGUGAACAGUGUUUCGCUGAUCGACCAAGCAGCGAGAGUAAUGUUUCCAGCUUCGUUUACAUUUUUCAAUGUUCUUUACUGGUUAUGCUACUACACCUACCAGGCCGACUUCACCUGGUCCCCUCUGAAGGAGCAAAGUUAAAUCGGCAUUUUGGAUGUUGAAACUAUGACAUAAAUUGUUGAAUAACGAAAUAAAAAUAAUAAUAUAUCAAGUCUACAGGGAAAUCAUCGAAAAAAAUAAUCUUUUUAAAAUAUGCAAUAGUAAAUAUGUUAUUAAAAUAAGAAGGUUUCAUAGGGUACUCAUCCAAGGUUUCAAGUUGGAACGCAUAUCGUAUGUUAAACCGCAAAUCUUACGUUAUAUAUUCGAAUAUGAACACCGUCUUUUAACAAUGUAGAACAAUUGUAGGCUAUUUGCUAAAUGAAAAUAAAUUUAAAUCAAUGCGUAGAUGUAACAGAAUGAUUAGUAAUAUUAUCGUUUUACUUAAUUUUGCAAAUGAGUUGUUGAUUAUUGUUAGCAAAUCAGAACAUGCGAUAAGUUUGAUAUUGUUACCAUACAGUAAACACAAUGUUAAAAUUUCAAUAAUUACAUUCAAAAAACACA